UCUCUCUGUAAUUGUGUGUGAAAGUGUGAGGUGCAUUUGAGAGAACAACUGUGUUGUGUUGUCAUGUGAGAGCAAAACGAUACCGUUUUGUUAUAAACUAUACACAAGCAUUCCAUUUCCCCCCCAAAAUUGUUUCAGCUGUGAUACUACUUUUGUUUCUCUCCAAGUAAUUACUAAUUAGGAAUGGGUGCGUUGUGUUUGGUGUAUUGGAUUUCAAUUGGAUUGCUGCUGGGGCUGUGUUUGGGUGCCGACCCCUUUGCUAACUUCAACUUGGAGCUCUCUUACAUUACUGCUUCUCCGCUCGGUGUUCCCCAACAGGUUAUAGCAAUCAAUGGCAAAUUCCCAGGCCCCGUUCUUAAUGUAACAACUAAUUACAACGUUGUUGUAGAUGUGAAGAACAAGUUGGAUGAAGAUGUCCUCAUCACAUGGUCUGGAAUACAGAUGCGCCGUGCUUCGUGGCAAGAUGGGGUUUUGGGUACAAAUUGCCCCAUACCACCGAAGUGGAACUGGACCUACCAGUUUCAGGUCAAAGAUCAGAUCGGCAGCUUCUAUUACUUCCCGUCACUGAAUAUGCAAAGGGCAUCCGGUGGAUUCGGUUCUUUUGUAGUAACGAAUCGCGAUAUUAUUCCACUGCCUUUCGCUAUUCCUGAUGGUGAUAUUGUCAUUCUGAUUGGUGAUUGGUAUACUCGCAACCACACGGCCCUACGCAAGGCCCUUGAUAAUGGAGAAGAGUUAGGCAUGCCAGAUGGAGUUCUUAUCAAUGGGAAGGGACCAUACAGAUACAACACCACACUUGUCCAAGAUGGGAUUGUACACGAGACAAUUAACGUUGAUCCCGGUAAAACGUACCGAAUUAGGGUGCAUAAUGUCGGAGUGUCCACUUGUUUGAAUUUCCGUAUUCAGAGCCACAAUUUGCUUUUGGCAGAAACAGAGGGCUAUUACACAUCCCAACAGAACUAUACUAGCAUGGAUGUGCAUGUUGGCCAGUCUUACUCUUUUCUCGUAACCAUGGACCAAAACGCAAGCAGUGAUUAUUACAUUGUGGCAAGUGCAAGAUUUGUGAACGAAUCACUCUGGCAGAGAGUAACCGGUGUGGCAGUGUUACAUUAUUCGAACUCAAAAGGCAAAGUGUCCGGUCCACUCCCUGACCCUCCAAACGAUGCUUUCGACACAACAUAUUCACUAAAUCAAGCCAUGUCCAUCAGGCAAAAUGUGUCAGCAAGUGGGGCCCGCCCGAACCCACAAGGUUCUUUCCAUUACGGUUCAAUAAACGUCACUGAUGUUUACGUGCUCAAAAGUCUGCCUCCGUCGAAAAUUGAUGGAAAAUUACAUACUACUUAUAACGGUAUUUCAUUUGUGAAUCCCGAUACACCGAUAAAGCUCGCAGAUGCAUAUAAAGUGAAGGGUGCUUAUAAGCUCGAUUUUCCUAGUAAGCCACUAGAAAGGGCGCCGAGCAGAGAUAGAUCUAUCAUAAAUGCUACAUACAAGGGAUUUAUAGAGAUAAUAGUGCAGAACAAUGACACGGUUUUGCAGACAUUUCACCUUGACGGUUAUUCUUUCUUCGUGGUUGGGAUGGGUAUUGGUGAAUGGACCGAGAACAACAGAGGCUCGUACAAUAGGUGGGAUGCAAUAUCUCGCUCUACCGUGCAGGUUUUUGCUGGGGGGUGGACAGCAGUUAUAACAUCAUAA